AUGCAGAAGAAACUGGAAAAAAGUGACAACGACAACGAUUUUAAUGUUUAUCGCCCGACUGCUGCUAUCAUUGAUUUUCGUCGCAGCCUAAGGACCACCGCUGCUUCCACAGUAAGUUGUGAGCGACGCAUAUCGACUCUCUCUCACCUUGACUUAGGUACUGAAACCAAGGGGGCAAUGCCUCCUCUGCCCGGCGAUCCUCAUCCGAGCCGUCAAUCGGACUUUGACGGUCUGGAUUUGAGUCAUCCAGGUGUUCAUGAUAGUCUCGAAGCUCAACAAAGCGAUGACCAUCCAUUCAACGUUAUACUUCGGAUGAAUGACUUUAAUGAGGGUGAUCGACGAGUUCACGAUGCUGUGCUUUACUGUAAAACUCAAGCCGAUUAUUUGAAACAUUCUGGAUAUCCCUUGUUUGGCAAUCAUCCGAGUUUUGAUCCGCAAAUUAGGAAAAUAGCUCAAGAGUUCAACCAAUUUCUGGAUAAGUUGAUUACUUUGCCAGCUGUGCGCACUGAAGCCCUAUUCUCGAAAUUGCGGGUUUUGUUGGCUCAGGGAGAGUCAUAUGAAGCAUUUAAAGCUGCAAUGAACGAACUCGACGUUUCCUUGAAGUGCAACACAAUAUGGGAGAACGACUCAGUGGCCUAUCGCUGCAAUACUUGCGCGCUCACACCAUGUAUGUCGCUAUGUGCAUCUUGCUUCCAAGCAGCUAACCACGAAGGUCACGACUUUACUAGAUUUUUUUCGCGUGAAGGAGGAGCCUGUGAUUGCGGUAACUCUGACGUGAUCAGGCCUUUCGGUUUUUGUCCUCGUCACGGUGAAAAUGCCGUUCGACCACCUCCGCCUUCACCACUCAUAGUUUCGCUUCCACGUCAUAUUUUCCUGAAGCUACUCGUGUGUCUUUUCCUAGAAUGGCGUGGAUUUAAAGACUUGUACUCACAAGAGCGAGAAGCUAUGGAAUGGGAAGAACCUUUCAACCUAGCAGGGUUCUGUGACAACUUAGUCAGUCCUAUGCUGCUUCUGAUCAACUUUCUGCAGGAAUGUGUUAACUACGGUGGACCAAUGAGAGAAGCAAUGGCUGAAAUUCUCAUGGACAAAGAACUUUACAGGGAACUCACUAAGAGGAAUUCUGAUGAGGUGGACUUAUCAUCCCCUCCUGAUAUGUCGCUGGACUGGCGCACUAGGCAAAAAUUUCAUGCGGAUCGAAUGAGUAUAUUCUCUGAGAGCCUUCAUUCAUGUUUUCCUGAUCUGGAUAGUGAACAGUUGCUCGAAUGCGAAUGCCUGCUGGACGAACUUCUAUUUUGGGUGGUACGCAUGAACUUUCCACAAAAUCUCAUCAAUUUUUCUUUGAGCAUGUUGUCUGAGCCAAAUUAUACGGAUGCGCUGUCAACUCGAUUUUUUACGUGGUAUCCUUUGGUAGCUAAUUGCGUGAGGAGAUUAUGCGUAUACCAACAACUUCGAGAGAGAAAUUCGGAUGUGGUCCAAAACACUUGCAGUCGAUUAAUCCACAUAUCGGUUCAGAUGUUGUCCUCAGAAGCUUUGUGCAAAAGGCUAAACGAAAAGUGCGAUCUCGUCGAAGUGGUUCUGAAUACAGCUCGUUAUUUGCUUACUGAAUACUUACAACCAACUGAAAUGACUUUGGACUCUUUCUUUGUGUGGUGUACAACUCCAAAACAACUUGAAGGGAAUCAGAGUAAUUGGGAUGUUAUGUUCAUGGAGAAAAAUGCGACGAUGAUACAACACGGAUAUUGGUUUGUAAUGGGGGAUAUACAAAAUUUGUUGGCACACUCCUCCUUAGCUAUUAGUACGGUUCUUCAUCCAACUGCAUUCUCGCACACAUAUAUUGUACUCCUCAAUCGAAUGCAAGGAAUGAAUGUGAAUUGGAGGAUUAUACGUGGUGAACAUAGGGAAAAUGACAAUACGGAUCUCGUACAAAGGUCUUUAACGUUAGAAUUUGAAGCGCUCGCUCUAACAAUGUUCAAUUUCAUCAGUGCGAUAUCUCAACAGCAACAUUUUGUCGCUGCUGUUGCUUUCUUCGACAAAAUUAUUGCUGCUCUUACGGAAUGGCUCCGGACCAUUGGUGGAUGGACAGCUGGCGAUGUAAUUAUGUGCCCGAAGUACUGCGUAUCUUUCCAUCUGCCCUUGCAUAGGCAUCUUUCGACUGCUCUAUCUCACUUCAACGAAAUGGAACUUUUCCGGAGGCAUGUUGAAGAUUUCCGAAAUGACGAGCAACUACUGCGAAGAAUCGUACUACAUCCUCUCAAGAUACAGGUGGCUCGUGCUGAAUAUUAUGCUGGAAUGUGGGUUCGCAACGGUAACCAGCUUCGGGUUCAAGCGAUCAUUUAUGCUCAACCUCACAUCAACGCAUCGUUCCAAACACCUGACAUCGACCUAAUCAGGUACUGUGCCGCGAAUAUUGACCCAGACUGGUUUAUCGAUGUUGUGCUAACCAAUUUCCAUCUCAAUGACGUGUUUCGCUUCCCAAUCAUAAACAUGGAGCUGCCUUCAACGGAUAUCGCAAGCGCAGUCACAAAUAGUCCUGACGUUUCCGACCACGCAGACAACCCUGUUGUAUUAGGUACGGGUCGAGCUACCCCAGAUGAGAUUGCCGACGCAAAUUGGGAGCGAUGUGCUGAACAAAUCAAACUCAUACUGAAGGAUCUACCUCCUGGAAAAGCUGAUGUGGUAAUGGCUGCGCUCCAUGCUCGCACUGGUGACAAUCUCGCAUAUUCCAAGACAAAACCGCCAGCAAAAUACAACGAAGAAACGCCAGAGAAUUUGCCAGAAUUAACGUACAUCUUUAAUGAAGACAAGGCCGACGUUAUUACAAGAAUGGAAUGGGUCGAUCCAAUGAUUGCAUCAGCUCUUCGCCUGUUGAGUGAGGUCGUGAUCCUUCUCACUAACUGUGGCGCUUCAACUGAAGCUUCCCUGAGAGCAGAAAUGGUGAACACCUUGGCCAGUGGUCAGCAAACUCAUUCACGUCUUCGUUCUGUCAUUACUGAAAAAGGUAGUAGAGGUGCCGAGACUAUCGACCCACUUUUUGAGAAGGUUCUGAGUGAAAUCGCAGACUUCGCUGAGCCUAUUGCAGUGCCAGGAGGUCAAAUGAGACAAGGGUCUUACCAGCUUAAAUCCGAGGUACGAUUUAACGAAUUCUGUCCGGUGCUCUGUCAACAUCGUGCGCUCUCUCCGAAAUCGAGCGCUGCUGUGUUAAUGGAUGUGGAAAAACUAGAGAGGGAUUUGCUAGGAGGCGAAGAAAAAAUAGUGCAGAUGUGGAUUCCUUACCAGUUAUCGGACUUUUCUGACAAAACACGUCACGAAUCAGUGCAACACAUUGCCAGAAUUCUUCUUUGUGAUCGAUUCGUACAACUUUGUAUCGUUGUGUUGGAAGCGGGCGUACUCGGGAGACCCGAAGUACGUGAAACCACCACUCAACUCAUUGUUUACCUUCUAACGCUUGCUUACCAAUACAUGGGUACAUUGCCUCCAUCUGAAAAAUACGCUGCAGUUGCCCGGUUCCGAAAGAGCUACGUUGCCACAGAAGGAUUGAAAAUUGUCCAGUUACCUUUGCUAGUGUUUGUGUUGUUCAUCAUAGAGUGUGAAAAGAGGGGAGUUAAAGCAAAAUUCCUCGAGAAAACGAUGGCCGGAGAUUUCGACAAAAAACGCAUAGUGGGUGGUGCAGCUGAAUAUUUAGCAAGACUCGUCAGUCAAGUAAGCAAAUGUGAUGAUGGUGUACAACUUUCGUUACUCUCUGCACUGGAUGACUGUACUAAAGAGAAAGAAAUUGAGCAGAAACCUGAAGGAAAUGAUCAGAAAGCUAGUCAGGAACGAAAAGCUGCUGCUAAAAGACGACGCGAGGCACUUUUUGCUGCAAAUAAGAAGAAGAACUCAGAGGUUAUGAAACGGCUAAUGGAAAAAGAAGGAAUGACUCAGAAAGACAUAGAUUCGAUAGAUACAACUCAGCCCGACGUCCGUCUGUACGAAUGCCCAAUUUGUGGUGAAUUGGAUACUCCAUCUACUUUGCGAAAUCCCCUAGGAAUGCUUGUCAGGAUUACCAGCAAUCCACUAUGUGAAAAUGUCGUUCCAAUUAACGAACAUGAUGACAACUUACUCAAUUUUGACAAUAAAACUGGCGAGACAGUUGUGCGCAACUUCAGCAGAGUUUGGAAAGUUGGGCGAAAUGAGCUUUACCGACGGGCUCUUUUUUAUUCGGAUCUCAUCGGUUUUUCGACUUCCUUGGAGCUUAAGACUUGUGGCCACACUGUACACUUGAAGUGUUUCAAUGCGUACAGGGAAACUCUUCGAAAUGAUCUUCGCGUGAAUGAUUCGCGUCGUUCUUCGCGAGACGUUUCUUGUUUCUUGUGCAGAUUCAAUGUCAAUGCGCUUCUACCGCUGCGAAUCGAUUGGGGGUAUGAAACCUCGAAUAAAGAUACAUUAGCUGACGAUCGGCAAAAGGCGUUCGAAUCUUUGAACGAAGUUAUCGUGAAUUGGAGAAGAGUUCCGCAGACGUCUGAAGAUUCUCGUCCGUAUUCUGAACAUUUCACGGAACAUAUGCUCGAUUUACUGAAUAGUCGUUUCUGGAAUAAAUGGGAUGACGAGGAUGUUGUUGGAACGAGAGUUCAAACCCAGCUUGUGGCUCUCAUAAAAGCAACAGUUGAAAGAUGCAUUCUAUUGAAGAAACUAAAUGUUCCUGAACGUCGCAAAGGUACACGAUGUGCUGUAACAGAACAUCUCGUGGCGGCCUCCAUAUGUCGUACAUCGCGAAUGGAUCAAGAAAUUAGUUUCUGCGCUGUGCGAGACUUAUUGUUACCAAAAGUUGAGAAAUCUUCUUCUACAUUCGCCAUUGAAAAAGAGCAGUUAUCAGCUAUAGAUGAUGACUUGAUAGACGUAGCACAAAUCCGCAGAGAUGAUCUCGUGGCUCUACAAUCGACAUCGGGACGAGAACGUUCUCGCAGACCUACGGAGGGACCAAUAGAUUCAAAGACAUAUUUACUCGACAAACCUUCCCCGACACCAGUGAUCGUGUUCGAUCUGAAGUCGCUUUUGGUUCGAUUAAGUGCAUUCGUGGUGGAUAACCAACACUUAAGUGUAGACGAUAAAAAGAAACUCUGUCAGGUCCUAGCCCGUCGUAUAAUGACCGUUGUUAGUGUAAAAACAGUACUCCGCCUGAUAUUGCGUAGCUCACGAACUACUCUUGAUCGUUUUGCAUCUGGAAAAUUCACGAAGGAAAAGUUGUGUGGGCCAUUCUCUGAUCUUCCUCGAAUGGUUCUCAAUCGUCUUUCCUCAAACCCAGCAUAUUUCAACCAACUUCUUGGAAUUAUGCACCAUGACGGAUGGCAGGAGGAAAAGGAAAUUGGAGCCGCUCUCGAAUGGACAUUAACUGAUUUUGCGAUAUUCGUCGCUGAAUUUUGGCAACAUGUUGGACUGAUGGCCAAGAUUGGGGACGAAUACGUAGAUCUCAGUCUUGACGACGCGCUGAAAAACAUUGGACUUUGUCAACAAAGCAUUAUUCCGGAAGAAGAAUACGUCACCGCAUGGAUUCGGCAUUUUUCACCGUUUCUAAUAUGGAACUAUGACACUUCGCGAAAGGCGUUCAGCAUGGAACCGCUGAUGUGGCGUCCGUUCUUACUGUUGGAUCUUCCGCAGGAGUACGAUGUGCUGUUCUCGCGAUACUUCCAACGACAGUGUAUUAACUGCAACAAAGCACCCCUAUUUCCAUUCGUUUGUCUUCUUUGUUCCACUCUUGUGUGUCUGGAUGCAUGCUGCAGUAUUUCGGAUGUUGGUCAUGAGCGAUCAUUACCUACUAAUGAGGUUGAAAGGCAUUCUAUGGAAUGUGGAAGAGAUGCGUGUUGCUUCAUAGCUUUGAAUUCAUCUCUAAUUGUGAUUACACGCGAAGGAUUGGCCGCAGUGUGGGGAUCAGUGUAUUUGGACGCACAUGGUGAAGAAGAUCGAAAUCUCAGAAGAGGUAAACCGUUGUUUCUUUCCGCUCGUCGAGUCGAUUGCCUUCGAAGUGACUGGGCGGAGCAAGAAUUUGAGCGAACCGGAGCCACAUGGUCAACUAUGGCUAGUCUUCAACAAUUACUUAAGGAUGCUCAUCUUCUUCGAUAA